UGCUGCAUGUGAUUGGUGCGUGACGACAACGGAAGUUAUUGUUGUUUCUCUGCCGACUGUGUUCGUGUUUUAGCUCCAUAUUCUGCAGUAUGGAGCAGAACAAUGAGGGGAGUCUGGCCCAGGUUCGCCAUGUUGUUUUGGUUCUGUCGGGAAAAGGAGGAGUUGGGAAGAGCACCAUCACCACAGAGUUAGCUUUGGCUCUGAGGCAUGCAGGCAAAAAGGUUGGGAUUCUUGACGUUGACCUUUGUGGGCCAAGUAUCCCCCGCAUGCUGAGCGUCGGCCGACCAGAGGUGCAUCAGUGCGACACCGGAUGGGUCCCAGUCUACACAGACGCUCAGAAGAGUCUGGCUCUGAUGUCCAUCGGUUUCCUGAUGGAAGACCCGGAUGAAGCUGUGGUGUGGAGAGGCCCGAAGAAAACCGCUUUGAUUGGCCAGUUUGUGUCGGAUGUAGCGUGGGGGGAGCUGGACGUGCUGCUGGUCGACACGCCGCCGGGGACGUCGGACGAGCAUCUGGCCGUGCUGGAAAACCUUAAAAAACAUAAAGUGGACGGAGCCGUUUUGGUCACCACUCCUCAGGCCGUGUCUACAGGGGAUGUGAGGAGAGAAAUCACUUUCUGUAAGAAAACCGGAGUUCGGAUCCUGGGAAUUGUAGAAAACAUGAGUGGCUUUGUUUGCCCUCACUGCUCCGAAUGCAGCAAUAUUUUCUCAAAGGGUGGCGGUGAAGAACUGGCCAAACUGACCGGAUCCGUGUUUCUAGGUUCGGUACCGUUGGAUCCGCUCCUCAGCGCCAGCAUAGAGGAAGGCAAAGACUUUGCACAGUCAUUUCCUGACAGCUCCACAUUCAGCGCCAUCAGCACAAUUUCUCAAACGUUACUCAACAGCCUCCAAACAGACUGAUUUUUUUCUGAAUUCAAAUAUUUGUAUCGUUGUACACAUUUCUCUUGUAUAUUUUAUUAUUGGUCGCAUAAUCUGGGUGUUUCUUUUCCUUUAAAUCAGUUCUGCUUCCUGUGGUUUUUGAUGUUGAAGCAGCAAAGCAUCAUAAACUGAAAAACGCAGAAACUGAAGACAUUUGUGUGUUUGGAAGUCAGUCAACAGUUGGAAUCUUUAAUUGAGAAACUGAUACAUCCAGACCUUGUACAGGAUUAUUGAUGGACAGCAAUUCUAGUUCCAGAAAAUAUGCUCCAGAUUAAAAAAAAAUAAAUUGCAUAACUUUAAAGCUAA